AUGAGCUGCAGGUGCGUGUCGACUAACACGAGAAGACUCAGCGGCAGGGUGCCAUCUUCCGAACAUGUCCCCGACCCCGAGACGAGCGAGCCCGAGGCGGAGGAUGACGGCGAGAUCGUGCACUUCAGCCACCCGGAGCACCGGCUGGCCCGCUUCGACUUCCCGUACCUGUUCAUGUGCAUGGGGUGCAAGGAGUACGGCGCCGGGAAGCGUUUCAUGUGCCAGACCUGCGGCUUCCAGCUCCACGAGUUCUGCGCGCUGGCGCCGCCGUUGCUCCACGACCACCCCUUCCACCCCAAGCACCCCCACCUCCUGUUCUUCGCCAAACCAGCAGGUGGUUUCCUUCGGUGCAAGUGCGACAUCUGCGGCAAGGCCGUGAAGGGCUUCUCGUUCCGGUGCGCGUCGUGCGGGUUCGACAUGCACCCGUGCUGCGCGGCGAUGUCGGCGCGGAUGGAGCUGCCGGCGGCGCACGAGCACCCGCUGGUGCUGGCCCCGGCGGCGGGGGGUGGCGAGGAGACGAGCUUCGUGUGCCAGGUGUGCAGGCGGGCGAGGCGGGGGCACCACCUCGUGUACCAGUGCCUGCCGUGCGGGUACUGCCUCCACGCCCGGUGCGCCAAGGACAUGGUGAACGGGCUGUACGCGCACGGGAUCGUGCCGCCGGAGAGGCGGAGCGCGCUGGCCGCCGCCGCAAGGGUCACCGUGAACGCGCUGUUCGGGGUCAUCGGGGGGCUCAUCGAGGGGAUCGGGGAGGGGAUCGGGGAGGCCUUCGUCGAGAACAUUGGGAGGAGCAGGAGGAGCUUCAGAUGA